AUGGACCUGGUGGAAGAACUAGACACGUCCAUCUCCACCAUCACCGCCCUCAUGUCCGCCGAGUCUUCUGCCUACGUCAUAGCCACCCAGGUGUCUGUGAAUUUGCUGGUUCCUCGCACGUCGGUGCGGUCACUGGCGUUCUUGGCGGCAACGGUCAACAUACUGGCCACUUUGACGUUUGCGACUAUGCCCGUGCUACCUGUGUUUUUCGUUUGCAGCAUUUUAAAAUUAAUAUGCCAUGGUAUGGCGAUGGUUCCAUCUCUAACAUUGGUGGGAUUCUACUUCCGGCGACGCCGUGGCCUAGCAACGACUCUGGGUGCCAUGGGGAUAUGUUGUGCCGUCAUUGUUGUCCCGCCUCUGACGAGAUAUCUGCGAGAGGAGUAUGGCUUCAGGGGAUGCUUCGUUCUCAUAGCAGCCUUUGAGAUGCAUGCUAUAGCCGCUGCGUUACUUCUGAGACCUCGACCCAACCCUACAACAAGAAAGGUAGAGAACGAGGAGGUUUCUCAUGCCCAUCUCAGCUCGGACAGACAAAGUCACUAUCACAUUGCAAGCGCAGAAAACAGCAGUGAUCGUCAAUACCGCGAACAGUUUCAGAAAUUGUUGUUGGAACAAGAGCUAAAACAAGACCAAUUCGAUCUAGAAAAAGGUGUAAAUGGUAGAUCGGGAGCAAUGAGACUUCAUGGCGAUCAUCGAAAAAGAACACUUUCAUUCCAAAGUGACAGAACAGGGGUAUUUGGCUCUUUUGAGCUCAACGGUAACAGUCAAGAGGAAUUCCAAAUAUUCGUCGCGGGUUCUCAAUCUUUAACGACGCUCCCCACUCGAGACAUUGGCUCAAAUCAAUCUCUUGAAAAACAGCCCAGCAAUAGGAAGUUCAAAUCUUUGUGCGCUUGCGUCAAAUCAAUCGUUGAUUUCUCCUUACUGAAAAACUUCCUGUGUAUUUUCUGCCUGAUGAGUUACACGCUGAACAUAACGGGAGUAUACACCAACAUCUACCUGCCGUCCUACGCCACGGUUACUUUGGGUAUUUCCCCUUCAAAAGCUGCCAUUUUACUAACCAUCGUCGGCACUCUGGAUAUGGUCAGCCGACUCUUCUUCGGGUUUCUCGCUGACUUGAAGAUAGUGAGGAUCAGUAGGAUUGUCGCUUUCACCUGCCUCUGCUUGGGAGUUUUGCUGCAACUGACUCCUCUUUUUCAAACUUUUGAGACGCUGGUUUUCUUUGCAGUGGGCCAUGGCUUGUUGCAUGGUAUCGGGUUCAGCCUCAACUCCGCCUUAGUCGUUGAAGUCAUAGGGCUGCAGCAUUUGGCUAAGAUUCUGGCUCUUUCUAGCCUCAUGGCCAACGUAGCCUUAACCAUACAGCAUCCGAUACAAGGUGCUCUCAUCGAGUGGACCGGUGGUUUCACAGCGACCUUCCACUACGUCGGUGUCAUGUUCCUGCUCGCCUCUGUGCUCCUUAUUUCGGAGCCAGUGGUUCAGAGACUGCAGAAGAGGAGAGAGGACAGAGAAUGGUCACGCUGCGCAAGGAACAUGGCAUGA